AUCAGCUAUAGAGUUUGCGUUGCUUAUUUCCGGUGUCAUGGCCGCCCUGUAGGUGCUGGGCGAUCUUUGGUGUCCUGUUUGUGACAUGUUUAAAUGAGGCUCUGCAGCAUGUGGUGGGCAGCGUUAAAGAGAUUACGGGCGAUCGGUGGUCCCUGUAUCCGACCGUAUUGCAAGGCAGUGACCUCAUCAUUUCACACUGAGAGAUUAGAACGUUUUGAACAGCUCAAAGAAAAGUAUUGCAGACAACUGUUGGAAAGAGGAGAGUUCAAUUGUCGUCCCAUUUGGAUCUCCCUUCCUGAUGGAAAGAAAGUGGAGGGAAUGUCAUGGAAGACAAGUCCCUUAGAUUUGGUGACUCAGUUCAGACCUAGCCUUGCAAAAACUGCUUUGGUUGCCAGAGUAAAUGGAGAAUUUUGGGACUUGACAAGACCUCUAGAAGAGAAUGGAGAAUUGCAGGUGUUUGGUUUUGACAGUACAGAGGGGAAAGCGGUGUUGUGGCACUCCAGUGCACAUGUUCUUGGUUGUGCCAUGGAGCAGUUCUAUGGAGGAUCACUCUGCCAUGGUCCAAACACUGAAAAUGGGUUUUUUUAUGACAUGUAUUUGGAUAAGGGUUCAGUAUGCAGCAGUGAUCUUCAUUCUUUGGAGGAGUUAUGUCUUCAGAUUAUUAAUAGGAAACACUUUUUUGAAAGAGUGCAAGUCCCUCGGGAGGAACUUUGUGAGCUGUUUAAGCAUAACAGAUUUAAGUUGCAUUAUAUCGAGGAGAAGAUUAGAGAGCCAUCUGCCACAGUGUACAGGUGUGGAACUCUUGUAGAUCUUUGUCAUGGCCCGCACAUUCCUCAUACGGGCAAAUUAAAGGCGUUCAAAUUGGUUAAGAACUCCUCUGUGUACUGGCAAGGAAAUUCUAAAAAGGAAACCCUUCACCGUGUGUAUGGAAUUUCAUUCCCAAGUGUUAGGCAACUGAAAGACUAUGAAAAUGAGCAAGAGGAGGCAAAAAAACGGGAUCAUCGUAAAAUUGGCAAGGACCAGGAACUGUAUUUUUUUCAUGAAAUGAGUCCUGGUAGCUGCUUCUUUCUACCUAAAGGAGCCCACAUAUACAACACGCUAAUUGAUUUCAUAAAG